UUCGGUUUUUCGUCCGGUCCUGCGAUUGUUCUUCCAUGGCUGAAUGGCUGAUCGGUCAUGAUGGCAUCAACUUUUGGACGUGGUCCUAUGAGGCUGGGUUAACAAGACACCAUGACGAUCAUGUACUGCACACAUCACUUCCCGGGCAUGCAUCCACUGAUGCUCGAGACAGACGGCCUGGAGUUGUCACCCAUCAAUCUGCGCGGCCAGAACUGCAACCAUUCUUCCCAAGAACCAGGCCCUGA